ACGCCAUUGCUCGGAAUGACGUCGAGGAGAUGGGCCUUGUAUUCUUGCAUGCUCUCCCCUCGCCGGACGGACCAGCCGCGUCACCGCCGGACCCACGCAUUUCUCACCUCUUGGACGAGUAUAGAGACGUCUUCRAGGCUCCCACCGGAACGGUUCCGGAUCGGUCCAUACGUCACGGGAUCACUCUCGAGGCUGGCGCCGUCCCUCCGCGUGGAUGUAUCUACCGCAUGAGCGAAGAGGAACUCGAGGUGCUUCCCGCACAGCUCGAUGACCUUCUCGACAAGGGCUGGAUUCGCCCUAGUUGCACGCCAUACGGUGCACCUGUUCUCUUCGUCCGGAAGAAGAACAAAGACCUACGGUUAUGCAUCGAUUAUCGAAAACUUAACGCACAAACCGUAAAGAACGCCAGCCCUCUCCCUCAGAUUGAUGAUCUCCUUGAGCGGUUAGGCGGCGCGACGUACUUCUCAAAGUUGGACUUGAAGUCAGGUUACCACCAGAUUGAAAUCCAGCCUCAAGACCGGUACAAGACCGCGUUCAAGACGCGGUACGGGCAUUUUGAGUGGGUUGUCAUGCCUUUUGGCCUCACCAAUGCCCCCGCAACUUUUCAAGCAGCGAUGAGGACGGAGUUUCGUGACUUGCUCGAUCGCAGCGUCCUCAUUUACCUUGAUGACAUCUUGGUUUAUAGUAGGACGUUGGACGAGCACAUCGUACACCUUCGCGUUGUUCUGAAUCGUUUGCGACUAGCCAAGUACAAAGCGAAUCUCGACAAGUGCGAAUUCGCCAAGCAAGAGCUUGAGUACUUGGGUCAUUUCGUCACGCCGAAAGGCAUUCGUCCCUUAGCGGACAAGAUCCAAGCCAUCGUGGAUCGACCAGAACCCCAUUGCACGACGGAUGUACGCUCUUUCAUGGGUUUGGCUGGAUAUUAUCAGCGAUUCGUCGAGUCAUACUCGAAAGUGGCCGCUCCUUUGUCGAGACUUCAGUCCCCGAAGGUGCCCUUCGAGUUCGACGACGCAGCCCGUGGCGCGUUCACUACGUUGAAGGCAGCGAUGCAAGCCGCACCUGCCCUCCGUAUAUAUGACCCCACCCUACCCACCCAAGUGACUACGGACGCUUCGGGAUACAGUAUUGGUGCGGUGUUGGAACAGUGUCACGAGGACGGUUGGCAUCCGGUUGAGUAUUUCUCCCAAAAGGUGCCUCUCUUCAACACUCUCGACGACGCUAGGAAGAAAGAGCUACUCGCGUUCGUCACCGUUCUCAAACGGUGGCGCCACUUUCUUCUCGGUCGUCGACGUUUCAAAUGGAAUACGGACAACAAUCCGUUGACCUUUUAUAAAACGCAAGACACGGUCACCAGCACGAUCGGUCGAUGGAUGUAUUACAUCGACCAGUUCGAUUUUGACCCGUGCCACAUUCCCGGUCCCGCCAAUCGAGCUGUGGACGCCCUCUCACGACGACCCGACUUUUGUGCCAUUGUGACCACGGCAUUCGACCUCGAUGACGAUUUGCAGCCGCAUUUCGUCAAAGGCUACAAGUCCGAUCCGACUUACUCUAUGCUUUACGCAGAGCUUUCAUCGGAUCACCCGCCGGCUAGCCACUAUCGGAUUUCCGAUGGGUUCCUUCUCCUUCACACGAGAGGAAAGGACUUGUUAGUUGUGCCCCAAGAUGGCAUCUUACGGACUCGUCUUCUCGGCGAAUUCCACGACGCACGACUUUCGGCACACCUUGGCUUGGACACCGGUUACAUCUGGACUCUGYAUCUCYGACAYUGGUGACCUAUGGGCCUCAACAUUUUGAUCUUGUUGUAUGACAUUUUGGACUACCAUAUCGGAGACCUAUCAGACUCU